AUGCCAAUACAAGAGUGUCUUCGUAGACACGAUCUCGUCUUGAGGACACCCCCGUUAACAUGGCUGCUUAGGGCACUUGGGCCCAGCGAAGUUUUCCUGAGGAAGGGGAAAUGCAAUGACAAAAGGCACAUGACCUGUGUCGACCGUGUAUCGGGUAAGGAUAUUAGCGGAUGGUCGAGAAUUCCGUGCUUGAAAGGACGUUCCUCGAGUAAAAGCGGAAACGCAUCAAAUGGGGUACACAUCGGUCCACCACAGUGUCCACAUUCUGUGUUAAGCAGCACCCGCAGUUCGGUGAGCAGUUCACCAUUGAGCCCAUGCCCGACACCUAUGCCAUUCUUGGUAACCUCGGGUUCGGUCAGUAGCGGGAUGGUACAAAGUGUUGGUGCUAAUUUAUCGCCGGACCAAACAUUUGGAUCGAUUCGGUCGCUGUCAGUAACAAGAGAAGUAGCCAGUUUUCCACUAUCAAGAACGCCUACGCCACCCCCACAACAUAGGGCGGCUACAUUAGCAAAUCCUGAGGACCUAGUAAACAUGAGUAGCCCGUUGAGAGAAGCCUCUCCAAGGCCAGAAGUACGAGUAAUAGCACCUUCGCAUCGUUCACCGUCCUCUCUCGUAACAGACAACAUUAGCAAUCCUACUGAUCUCAUCAACGUCAGUAAUAUUAGCAACGCGAGCAAUCUUAGCAAUGGAUCUGGGAAUCGCAAAUCGGUCAGCAUACUACUUCCUGAACAUUCGAGUGGAUGACCCCAACAGCUGCACGGUUUUGUGCAUCGUUGCGACAAAGAGCCACCACCGAUUUAGGAAUUCACGAAAAGUUUAACAAGAAAAGAAAACAUAACGGCAUAAAAGAAGCGUGAUUAUACGGCAGAGAGAUUAAUUAGCGACUGCCAAACUACUGACUCACCUUGAUUAAUCUUGGUCUUCAACCAACGGUCUUCAAGCGUUGUGGCACUUUUUUUAAACAAAUUUAGCUCCUGAAAAAAACUUUAUUUUGCUGUGACUUUAAGUGAGCUAUAAUCACGUAUAAUUACCACAGGUAUUCGCUUUUGGCAUUUGUAUUUUGUCACUAAACAGGGUUAAAUAAUAUCAUAAUCCGUGGUUGCUCGUGUCCAGAUUAACGAAACGAAAUAGAUGCACGAACUGUCAUAUCGCUUGAGAUGAAUUAAUUCACGCUAUUGUGGAAUAUUCAACUAUUGAUUCCGCUUAACGAACCUAAAUUAGCGAAAUAAUUCAUACCGUUAAUAUGUCGACAAGAACCAGAAAAAAAUUUGUCAAGGUACCGUCAUUAAGGAAUCAUGACAAAUUCGUUCCUAGAUUAUUUUAUAUGGUGAUUUUCUUCCUUGAUUUUGUUUGGUGCUGUUAUUGUAUUGUCGUAGAUGUGCUACAAAAGGAAAGUGAAACAAAAAGUGUAUCACGCUGAUAGAGUGCAAGAUCGUACGAGCUUUGCUGACAAUUUUUUCAAAUCUUACAUUUUGCAAAAAGCGAAAAGUUAAUAAAUUGCAAAAAACUUCGAACGAAUCAAGUUAUACGCCAUUCCUGAGUUCUUGGAUAAUAGUAGUAAUAUGGGUGUAAACUUGCGUGACUCAAUUUUAUAUAAGCGAGAAACACGAUUUUUCCUGCAAAAGAGUAGAUUGUAGCUCUUUUCUUGCAGACGUAACAUAGACGAUAUUUUCCUUCUGAUUUUAAUAUCUUUUCUGGUCAUCGAAAAAAGUGAUCAAGUACUGUUCAAAGAUGAAAAGUUGGUUAGCGAAAGCAGUGCAGAUUUGAUAACUUAUAGCGUAAUAGUCUCACCGUUUUAGUCAGAAUCAUACAAAAAAUAUUACAUCUAUUAAUAAGAUUAUGUUAUACCCGACAGGGUGGAUCGAAAAUCAGAUACUAUUUUAACGAAGCGCAGGAGUUGUAAAUAUUUCAUUUGUGGAAUAAAAAACCAGUAAAAAUGGUUAAAUUAUCAUUUGAACGUUUCAAGAUAACCAUACGUGUCUCUGUAUAAUUCUAAUCAUUCAGCAGCAUUUCGAAACGUCUUAUAGCGUUUAUGAAGUUAUGUUAUCGGUAUCGUUUUGUACUGAUUCACUUAAACCGUCUAUUGUUACAAUGCUUAUUAUCUAAACAUAAUUUUAUAUACCUGAUAUAAUAUUUAUAUUUUAUAUCAAACGAAUAAUUAAAGAUGUGAUAAAUCUGGUUAUAUAAUUUACUUUGGUCCAAUAUUUUCAGCCCAAUUCGCUCUUUCAGAAAUGGUUCAAUUAGACAAUCCCGAAAAAUUGUAAUGCAAGACAACACAUAAUUAUUUUCUUUUAAUAAUAGCUAUUUCGCGCAUUAUUCUGCAUUAAGUUCAAGUAGGCAUAUUUGUGAGAUGUUGUAGUUUAACACAUGGAAAUUUGUUACAAGAUAAAGGUCGAGGUUACGCUGAUAGAAAUAAUAAUAUACACUACCGUCCAUAAGUAUCCGGACACAAGCGAAAUAUACAUUCGCAUUGUAUGA